AUGCCGGACCAUGGCAAUGGGAUGUUGAAUCCCAACGACGUGACCAUUGAUAUCCCGUUAACGGAGACCACUUCCCGUAGUCAGACGGGCGCCCGUAAAUGGAACACCAAUACCAGCCCCGAUGAUGGUACCUCGCACACCGGGGAGAAAGCACCUAUCGUUGGUCACCACCAUCAUCGUGGUCCUGGCCGCAGGCGUCGUACGGAUACCGAUAUCAAUGAAUUGUCCGGAAAGCCUGCUGAAGCGCCCGAGGACGGCACUAUCAACCGUAUGGGGCGUUUCUACCAAGCUGUCUUGAAUUACUCCCUCAUCACUCGUUACCUGAUUUAUGUUAUUCCCAUCGCGAUUUUGAUCGCAAUUCCAAUCAUUGUGGGCGCUACAGCUGCGCAGGACGCCAAAAUUGGUGGUGUUCAUAUUUACUGGUUCUUUACUUGGAUUGAGAUCGUCUGGUUCAGUUUGUGGGCGUCCAAGAUUUUCGCCCGUUACAUUCCUUAUUUCUUCCAGUUCUUGUGCGGUAUCGUCAGCUCCGGUACCCGCAAGUAUGCGCUUAUCCUGCGCGCCCUUGAGACUCCCAUUGCGCUUGUGAUCUGGGCUAUCAUCUCCCUCGUGACGUUCCUGCCAGUCAUGACCCUGACUCCCGGUAAGAAGGAAUCUGGUGACACGGCCCCGAAGUCGUGGGAGAAGAGUGUGAAGAAUAUUUUGUUCGCGCUGCUCGUCUGCAGUCUCAUCUAUUUGGCCGAGAAAGCUCUUGUGCAGCUGAUCUCGAUCAGCUACCACCGCAAGCAGUUCGACGCCAAGAUUCAAAUCUCCAAGCGCAACGUGUAUUUGGUCACGCUUCUCUUUGAGGCUUCGCGCAAUAUGUUCCCGGUGUACUGCCCUGAAUUUAAGGAGGAGGACUCGCUCAUUUUCGACUCCAUCUUGGCUCAGGCUGGCACCAAGGGUGGCAAGCGGUCUUCCGCGAUGCCCCUCCGCAUGCUCCGUCAUGUCGGCAAGAACGUUGGCCGAGUUGGCGACAAGGUCACUGCCGCUUUUGGACACGUGGCGUCGGAGCUUACUGGUAAGCAAGUGUUUAACCCGACUGCGACGCACACCAUGGUUAUCGAGGCCCUUGAGCGCAAGCGCCAUGCUGCUGCGUUGGCCCGCCGUAUCUGGAUGUCAUUUGUGGUUGAGGGCCGUGAGGCUCUGUAUAUGGAUGAUAUCGUCGAGGUUCUGGGUGCUGAACAUGAGGCUGAGGCCGAGGAGUGCUUCAUGGCGCUUGACAAGGAUGGCAAUGGUGAUAUCAGUCUUGACGAGAUGGUCCUGACAAUCACUGAGUUUGGACGCAUGAGAAAGGCCCUGAACCACAGCAUGCACGACGUUGACCAGGCCAUCCGUGUGCUGGACAACCUGCUCAUGUGUGUUGCUGGUCUGGUUGGCGUUCUUGUCUUCAUCUCGUUCGUCACCACUGGAUUCGGUACCGUCAUUGCAGCCGGUGCCACCUCGCUGCUCUCCCUCAGUUUCGUCUUCUCCGUUACCGCUCAAGAAGUCCUCGGUUCCUGCAUCUUCCUCUUCGUCAAGCAUCCAUUCGAUAUUGGCGACCGUGUCGAGGUUAGCAAUGUGCCUUUCGUCGUCGAGCGUAUCUCGCUUCUGUUCACUGUCUUCCGCAACGUCCAAGACGCCCGUGUCACGCAGGUGCCCAACAACAUUCUGAACAGUCUCUGGGUUGACAACUUCACUCGUGCCAAUGCUAUGCAUGAACAGCUUGUCAUUCCCGUAGCGUUCGACACCACUUUCGCUGAGGUUCAAUUGCUGCGCCAGGAGAUGGAGAGCUUCGUUCGCGACAAGGAGAACUGCCGUGACUUCCAGCGGGAUAUUGACAUUGAGCUCGAUGGCCUUGGUGAUAUGGACAAGCUCCAGCUGCGUGUUGACAUCCGUCACAAGUCUAACUGGUCUAACGAGACUGUUCGUGCUGCCCGGCGAUCCAAGUUCUUGUGUGCCUUGGUCCUAGCCGUCCGCAAGAUCCAGGUUCGCGGUCCGGGUGUUGAGGCUCCCGCAGAAGAGACUGCCGACGCCGCAGAUGGCGAUGACAAGGGUGACGAUAGUGGUGCAGGCGCAGGUCGCCGCAAGUCUACCCAGGGCGGCGGUGUUGACUCCACCAAGCCUGACCCCGCUGUCGCCGCUGCUGCUGCAGGUAUCCUCAACUACGAAAACACAGCACAGUCGACAGGAUACGACCAGGCCCGCUCAGGAACAGUCACUCACCGUGGAUCCACCCAGACCAACGCUGAGCGCGAAGCCGCCAUCGUCGAAAUGCUCAACGCCCGCCCCCCAGCUGUUGACACCAGCCGGGACAACGACAACAGCAAUGAGGAUGCCCUUCACCGUACUGCCACCAACACUUCCAACCAAGGCAUCCAGCUAAAUUUGCAUCCUGGAGGCGAGGGAAUCAACCGCGGCUUGUCAACCGGUCACCGAAAGGUCGGCGAUCGCGUCUCUUACAACGAGCAGGAUAUCCACCCGGCGCAUAGAAAUGCCCCUCUCUCCCCAGUCCCCGCCGGCAUGACCCCAUCCUCAAGUCAAGUGCCCAUCCUCGAGACCCCCAAGCCAAGCUCCCGCGGCAGCGCCCGCUAUGAGCCCCGCCCUCACUCAGGCCAUGACCAAAACCAGAGCACUGUUCAGAUGGUGGGCUCCCCAGAUCCAAACCCUUUCAACGGCUACUACGCCCAUGACACGGGUUACGACCAGAUCCCGAUCGGUGGCUACAGCGCUGAAAACACACCGGGACGCGACCGUCGCGGUUCGGACCCGAACAUCUCCGGCGUGACGGCGAGCAGCAACUACCAGCUCUCUGAUCGGUAUGACCCCGUCUCGCCGCCGUCUAUCUACUCUCCACCCCAGCCAACGGCCCAGCAGCAGGCUGCGAGUGCCUACAACACUGCUCCGCCGAGGAGGAAGGACAAGUCUCCUUAUGGGGAGUAUGAAGCUUAA